UUGUUGACAAAUCGCUCAAAAUUGUUAUGCUAUACUUUACUAUUGUUUCAAUUUUUCCUCACUUCGAUAGUAUCUUAAGGCCAAAAUAUCUUAUUUUAAAAGCUUUAAGCGCAAUUUUGACCUUAAUGUACCAACCAACCAGCGGCCGACAGGCGAAUGUAGGUUGGUGAUGUCGUUAGAAAUGAGCCGAUAUUUUAUCUCUAGGUUUGUUUGCAAUUUUAUGAUAUAAAGGGCUAGCUUGGUAUAGAUAAGAUAAAUAGCGCUCUAGUCUUUGACUUGUAAAGCAGUAUUUCAGAUAGGUAUAGACACUGAGAGGCAUGCGAAGGUUUGUUAGGUAUUAUUCAGUUUAGGCCACUAAAUAAAUACUUUUAUCAUGAGAGCACAUGCAUUGGAAGUAUAUGUGAAUAUCCUGCAUGAUAACAUAGUAAUAAUAAUAAAAUGCCAACAUCAACUAAGAUGUCUACAAGACGACGACAUAAGACAGUAAUAAAACGCAUUCUGUUGGAUUACUAAAGCCUACUAACGCGGUAAUAUUUACAUUGACGUUUAUAGUAGCUAAAAUUAAACAGAGCAACUUAGUCCUAUUUGAACUUUCUAACUCCAGUUAUUAAACGUGCCAAACAUCUUUGGUCUAUAAUUAUUGUAAACGAACUAACGCGGCCGUCCUAUAACCGCAGGAGAAACACAAGGCUAUAACACAAUUUAUAUGGCAGGGGCUCUCUCGUGUAAUUGGGGUCUUUUUAUGAGGGGUCAAGCAUGUUUUUGUACCCUAAAGUUCUUACUCCAGAUAUAUGUGGAGGGUUGUUGCCAUAUGUGGAGCUCACUGGUUUCCACAUAAAAUCGGAACAGUCGACGCACAAAAAAUUCUACACUAUUCGACGAGAAAAUACUUGCUGGAGCAAUGCGUUGACUUUCGUGGACUGCGUGGAGUCACGUAAGCAGAGGGACAGCGAAUUCAAAGGAACAACCACUGAGUGGAACCAGGGAAAAAACAGAGUGGUCUCUCUAUACAUAUUUUUCCUCUGUGGUCGACUCUGUCCAUAUCUCCUCUGUGACUGUACGUAUUAUACUGACAGUUACGAGGCAGCAAUUUUGUGCAACUCUUCAGCCUCGUUCCCGGAGUAAUAAAUACAGAAACAUUACAUAGAUCAGCUGGCAACUCUCCAUGUUCGUAAGAUUCUUGGCGUUUUGUCACAUAAUUUUUAGUUGUUGCCGGCUAUUUAAUAAAGCCCUGGCUACACGGGCAGUCAUUGUAGUUCAUAUAAUAAAGAUAUUACAAAUAUUCUUUUUAAUAAUUUUAAUAUUUUACUAAACAAUAACUAUGGUUUUAUUCAGUAGACAAAAAGUACUUCCUUGGAACUGGAAUUAAAAUGCUUAGAAUUAAAAUAGAACAUGCAGGAUGUGAAAUUUUAUCGAUUAGCCAAUAAAAUUGCAAAUAUUAAGGGUGUUUGCAUCACAAAGACAUUCUUUAGUUAAACAGGCGUCGUAUUUUAUUACUCGUAUCAGAUAACUUCAUGAUAAUUUAUAAACACGGUUUGUCUGGUGAGGAAACGAAAGUGUUCGUCAAUAGUCUAACGCAGUAUGGCUACUGCACCAGAUCCUGUUCCUGUAAAGCAAAUGGAAACACUCUUAAAGUGUUCUGUUUGUAUGGAGACAUUGACUCAACCGCGGACAUUGUCAUGCUAUCAUUCAUUUUGUAAACACUGCUUGGAGAAUUAUGUUGCCGCUCAGCGCGAGAAGGCAGUUGAAGCUAAAGAGAAAGUACCAGAAAUCUUCGAAUGUCCAUUAUGCCGCACGGAGUUUUCAGUCAAAGAAGGGGAAAAUAUUGGCGAGAAAAUGCCAGCAAACCACUUUAUUAACAACCUGUUGGAAUUGCUCAGCAUACAGCAACAAGCCCAUCAUGUAAAAUGCCAGUCGUGUAAAGCGAACGCUCCUGUAGCCAUCAGAUGCGUGUCGUGUGAUAAAUAUCUGUGUCAGAAAUGUCUACAAGCUCACAACACCUGGCCAGACUUCGAGGAUCAUGUCGUGUUGACGUUGGAAGAACUAUCUAAACCAGAAAACCGAGCGAAGGCGAAAGGUAAACCUCGUUGUGAGAAACAUGACAAAGUUCUGAAGUUUUAUUGUGAAACAUGCAAAAUCCUUGUUUGUCGUUACUGCAUGGAUCUUAAUCACACUCGGCCUGAACAUGCGUGGUUCCCUUUGACAGACGUUGUUGUACAGCACAAAGAAGCGUUAAACGCAUCUUCCAGUAUAUUUCAGAAGGAAAAAAACGAUGCAGCCGAGAGUAAUCGUAAGAUUGAAAAGGCAAUGGAGACCCUGAUGAAAAAUGCUACAAAAGCAAGAGACGCCAUUAAGCAGCAACAACAAAAUAUCCUGAAUGCGUUUACCAAGAAACUCGAGAAAGAAACGACAUCCUUGCUUGACCAAGUUGAGAUGAAAUACAGAGAAGCCAACGAGCUCCUGUUGAAACAACAAACCAACGUGAAAGCUUAUUUCGAAAAAGCAAAAAGUUCGUUGGAUUUUACCAGCAAUAUUCUCUCCGGCGGAAGCGACGAGGUACUCCUUGCUCUCAAACACGAAAUUGAGGAAAAAGCUGGGAGCAUUGAGAAUGAACGACCAGAAUGUAUGGAGCCAAUCCACGAUGGCCUCCUUGAAUAUUAUCCAAAACCGACCAAAGACAUCAUGGAGAAUUUGAAGUUAAACCACAUAGGAAAAAUUGAUAUAGAAGAGUUUCGUUUUAAAGCCCGCAGUUAUCCUUCCUAUACUGCUAAGAAAGUUGAACCUGUUGAAAUCGUAUGUGAAAAAUCAAUCAUCUUGGAGGGUAAAAUUGAACAAGCGAAGCAACUUGUAAAGUGGAUGGAAGAUAAGAAGUUUGGUUGGCAUCUUUGUUAUCGAGCUUCACGUGACGGUUGGGAAGGAAAAGAUUUUCAUGAAAAAUGUGACGAUGUUGGACCUACAGUGAUCUUGGUGAAGUGUGAAACCAACGUCUUUGGUGGUUUUACUGAUCAAAGUUGGAAAGUAACAUCAGAUUUUAAAAAGUAUGAGUAUAAACGUUCCAAGUCGUCAUUUCUGUUUUCCUUAAAAAAUAAGGCGAAUAUGAGCCCCUUCAAGUGCCUGAUGAAAGACGGUCGAAAUGGAAAAGCAAUCUACUGUGAAUAUAAGUUUGGACCAGUCUUUGGUGGUCGUGGUGAUGAUCUGGUAAUCUGCCCUAACGCCAACACAACCCAGGGUUCAUACAGUAGUCUUGGUGGCACAUAUCAACCUCCCCCAGGAUAUGAACCUGGAGCCCCAGAAACCCGAGCUCUCUUGGCGGGCAGCUGCCCAUUCACUCCAUCAGAAAUUGAAGUUUUUUGCACCCGAAUCCUUUAAUUGAUUUUACAUGAUUAAUUACAUUAGAUUUAAUUUUACAUGAAUUACAUCAGAUUUAAAAAGUAUCAUUAAACACGUUAAAUUCGAUUUACUCGUGAUGAUCGGCUUCAGUCCGUCAAAUGUAGCAUAACAACUGCCUUUAAAAAACACUUCUCGAAGUUUCGACUCAAUGGCCUUCGUCAGGAAAAUGUGAUUCACGUAAUUGGUAGGUUACGUGUACAUUAUUGUGUAACCAUAGGAGUCCAGAAAUGUUUUCGUUCUCGUAGCGAUCGCGCGUGUAUACUGUUAUUAUUAUUAAAAUGACUUGGUUUUGUUUUGAGGUACUUAGCUAAGUAUCAUCAGUAUCAUACAAUUUCAAUUUUGACCCAAGAAAUUACGUGCACUGUUUUUUUUUUCUCAAAUUAUGUUGAGAUAAAAGCAGAAAUAAUCGAUAUAGUCAUAGAAUGCGCGCUUCUGUACCUUCCAGUACCUUCUCAGUUAGCAAAUUGACGCCACAUUAGAUAUUCGAAUCUCGAAAUGGCCGAUUUACAAGGGCAAAUUCAACUCUCCCCAUGGCUUUUUCGCAAGAUACACCGCGAUGUUAACGUUACUUUGGCAAAUUUGGAAGUUGGUUGAACGAAGAACCAAGAAUUCAGUAUUCAAGCAUAUUGCACUUUUUGUCGGAUCACUUUUAGUAGAUUAGUGGAAUUUAUAAACUUUAUGGGCUUCUAGCUCUAAAAUAGUAAUCAUGCAAACUAUGUUUUUUAGAAGAAGACAAUUUUUUUGGGGGGUGUGCGUCAAAUUUCCUGUGAAACUUAUAUUACCUAGCUAAAUCCACCACUGGCAACAUGUUCGAAGGCAGUAAUACCGUAACACCCGUCUCCUCCGUUAAAUAUGACGACAGAAUCGAUACAAGAUUGCGAUAGGUAACUCAGUGCGAAGCCAAAUCAAGCCAAACAUAGUCAUAAGGUAG